AUGACCACCGAGGACUCUCGUAGUGCCCCGCCUGCUCCGCGCAAUAGCAAGGAGUUAGGUGAAACACGAGAAGAUUUUGUUGUAGAUUCGGAGCAGGUGGACGACAAAGACGGCGCGAACAGUCCCAAUACCUCUACCCGUUCGACCAUCCUGUAUGGCCAGGAGCCUUCUGAUACCUUCAAUGACAAAGUAGCGCAUAUUUGCUCUUCGGAGUUUCGCAACACGACGUUCAAUAUUGAACACAUUGAGGGGGGAAGCUACAAUCGCAUCACCGCCGUCACCAUCUUUCCUCGGCUUCCGGCGAAAUGGACCCUUCCAUGGCUUCGUUCAUUUCUCCCUCGCAUUACUGGCCGCCUUGAACCACAAGUUCCGAAAAACUACAUUCUGCGAACUCCGCGGUGGGAUCAAUCGCGCAACAACUGGGAUAUAUCUUACGACAUCCCAGCCCUGGAGUUCGCGAGGAAGCAUCUCGGUUCUGUGGUCCCACGGAUUGUUCGCCUGGACACGAGCCCGGACAAUAUUCUAUCUCGACCCUAUACAAUCCAGGACUACCUUCCAGGUAGAAACCUAGAGCGCAUAUGGAAGACUCUCACGAUGGCCCAGAAAGACUGUGCGCUACGUAUCAUUGUAGACUUCACGAUGAAGUUGCAGAUUAUCACGAGUUCUUCUGCAGGCAUCAUUGCACCUUCAAACGACAUUGAACAUAUGGCUAGCGAAGAAGAGCUGCAGCUCCAUACCUUCAAAGUCGGACACAAUCGGGUACCCACUUGGACAAAGCCGUGGUCAACACACGCCGUUCCGCAAACGACGCUGGAAUUUCUAGUCGAACAGGCGAGCCGCUGGCAAGAGUUCGAAGGCCACAAUGAUCAGUUUGUGAAUCCUGAAUGGGCCCACUUCAAGAGGAUUGCACAAUCACUUCAUGACAAGGGCUUCAUACCCGACACAGACAAAUUCUAUUUCUGCCACCUGGAUCUCUAUUCCCGCAACAUGCUUGUAGAGAUUGUCGACGAGUCAACCUUGCUUCUCACCGGUGUGCUCGACUGGGACGCGGAGUUUGCUCACUUCUGUCCCAAGUUUGUGGCCUACCGUGCGCCCUUCUGGUUGUGGCUAGAGGAUGACUCCAAUGAGUGGGAUGAGAUCGGAGGCAAUUAUGAGAUUAGGGCGUUGUCAACACCCGCAGAUGCUGAUCAAUUGGAGCUGAAGAAGACGUUCGAAGAAUUGGCAGACGAGGAGUGGCUACGAUAUGCCUUCGAACCAGAAUUCAUCAUAGCCAGGCGGGUAUUCGAACUUCUGAGGAACGGUGUACACGGCCCGGAGCAUUGGCAAGAGGCGAGGGAUAUCUUCCAGACCUGGCAGCAGAUGUACCCGGAGACCGAGGGGUUAGUGGAAGAUGAUUUGCCAAUUUGUGGGAGCGACUGUAGUAGUGAGUUAGAUGAAGACGACUGCUGCGAAUCCUCGAAUGAUGGGGAGUAUAGCGAGGACGAGAAUGACGACGCGGGACCGAAGGUUCUGAGCUGA